AUGAGUGAGCAAUGUGUUACAUCAUCAUCAGCAUCAUCAUCAGAGAGUGAACAAGUCACUACUAAUCAUAAUCAUCAACAACCUACUGUCGAUGACCAACAUCUCAAAGAGUUAGUGACCGAUCAACAACUUCCAGAUAAAGAAGAAGAAGAAGUAUUAGAAGAGGUAGAAGUAUUAAAAGAAGAAGUAGAAGUAUUAGAAGAAGAUGAUAAUAACAAGUUAGAAAAACUUAAAAUAGUAGAAGAUGAAGAGAAAGUGGUAGACGAAAUCAAGGUAGUAGAUGAAGAGAAAGUAGUGGAAGAAAUCAAGGUAAUAAAUGAAGUGGUAGAUGAGGAGAAAGCAGAGGAAGAAGAAGAAAAAGUAGUAGAGAAACAACAAAAGCAGAUGGAAGAAUCGUCUCCAGUGAUUUCAUUGAGAUCGAAAACCAAUAAUUUAGCUACCACUCUUGGAAAGUGUAACCUUGAUGAUCCAAUAGAGAAAUCACCCCCACCCUUGAUUCAUAAUUCACAUUCAGCACCAAACACUACCAAUAACAGUCUACAGUGUUCACCUACAUCCAUAGCAGAGAAUGCACCGCUCAAAUCAAACAACAACAACGACAAUAACAACAACAACAAUGAUAUUCCAUUGUUUUCAGUAACACCAUCAACACCUCCUUCCACUUCACCAACACCGACCUCACCAUCACCAUCACCACUGAAAACCAGUAAAUCCAACGAAAACGAUACACAUCCACCGAUGCUACCGAUCUCACUCUCAAGAUCUGCACCGAAUCUCUCAAUGCUCUUAUCUGAAUCACAACGUCAAAAUCUUAAUAAUAGAGUUAUAAGUAGUAAUCUAAAUAGCAAUAAUAAUAACAAUAAUAAUAAUAAUAAUGCAGGUGUAUUAGAUCCAUUAAAACAACAUCAAUUACAACAACAACAGCAACAACAAAAUGAACAAAAACAAAUGUUGGAAGCAGUGCAGUUGCAGAUGAAACAACAGGAAGAGAAGAAAUCGAGUUUGAGAGACGCUCUAAGGGAGUCGGUACCACCGAUCACUCUUGGCAAUGUCACUGGUGAGUUGAAGAAUGAACACGAGAGUAACGGUGCUGGUCCGUUGGUUGGUGGAGUCAGACCUUCGCGAGUCGGUGCAGUCUUUGAUCAUUUCAUCGUGGUUGGACUGCCCUCGACCAUCGAUAUCAAGUGCAGUGCACACGACGAACGACAGAAACACCAGCCACAAAUACUCUACACCUAUCCAGAGGGUCAAUCACUGCCCAACGACAUGAUCGUCGAUUUCUGCUUCCCAAAUGGCAUCGAAUCGCGAUCCUCUCAACGAUCUUCAUCCUAUUCAUCAUUGAAUCAAAUUGCAUUCUGUAACCUUUCGCAUCUACUGAAUCCGGAUCACUCUUUCGUAUUUCUACUAAACACAGCCUCAACUUUAUAUUAUGGUGUUUGUAUUGUCAAAGAGGAGGAAGUUAGUACACUUCCAACAUUUAUGCCAGAGCCAAAAAUUGUAAAAACUUCAGAAGCAAAUCCAACUGAAAGAAAGAAAUUGAAUAGAGAUCAAUAUGAUUUUAUUGCACCAAGAGUAUAUUGUUUGUUAACAAGAUUCCCAUUUUUCCAAUUACAUUUCCAAGUUUUACAUUCAGUUUUAGAACGUGAGAGAAUGUUAAUGUUGUUUGCAAUGACUCAAUCACAAGAUCCUACAAAUGUUGCUACAAUGGAUAUAAUAAAUAUGUAUUAUAAUAUUAAUAUGGAAACGAUUCGAGAAAAGAUUCAAUUUAAAAUACCUGGUCAAGAUUUAAAGACUGAUUUCCACUGUCCGAAUGGCAAUGAAGAUCGAUUGAUUGCCGAUUGGUCGUUGUUUACAGCAUUCGAAUCGAUUAAUUUAGAAGAUAUAGUAACUAUUUUUGCAUAUGCCUUGAUGGAAAGAUCCAUUUUAGUUUUAUCAAAGAAUUUAGGAAAUUGUUCAGCUUUUAUAUAUUCAUUCAUACCAUUAUUAAAACCAUUUACUUGGCAAUGUUGCUUUAUACCUAUAUUACCAGAAUCUUUAAUUGAAUCUUUAGAUGCACCUUUCCCAUUUUUAAUUGGAAUAAAAGAGAUUCCAGCAGAUAUAUUAUCAAUGAAAAAGGAUUAUUUAAUUAUGGAGGAGAAAUCCAAGGAGUUUCUUAUGGAGUAUCAACGGCUGGCUAGUAAGCGUGAGAGUAAAGUCAAUGUCGAUAUGAAUAUUAUCAAACAGCAGUUGAAGGAUAGUGAGGGUGUCAUAUCGGAACUGAGAGAAUCAAAGAAGAAGCUGGAGAUGGAAGCACUCGCUGUCAGUCCGAGCAAGAGCAACGGUACACUCACCUCAUUCCUCGGUCUCUCGGAGAUUAGAAAGAAGAAGCUAGAGUUUGGUCAUCGUAGAAGUCGAAGUGUUAGCGAUCAAGUCGAGAAGAACAUACUAAAGAAAUCUGUAAAAGGACCAUCAUUAUCAUUCUUUGAUUUCUCAGGUAGCAACAGCAACAACAAUAGUAGUGGUAAUCUUAAAUCGAAUCUAUCAAGAUCACAAUCACCACUUUCAAUUUCACAUAAUCCAAUUAUGGAAAUGUUGGAAAAGGAAGAUCAACAACAACAGCAACAACAUCAACAGAGUCUCCAUCCAAACAACAACAAUAAUAAUUCAAAUUCAAAUUCAAACUCUGGUGAUGAAUCAUCUCAAGAUGGUAAUUCACCUAGAAAUCUAUUAUUAAUAUAA